CAUGUUAUCCACGGCCUCAACGUUCAAGACAUCGAGCAGCAAUGCAUAGAUACCUACGAGUACCUGGUUCACGGCUACACCCCACAGGAGACCGAAAUCUGGAUGUUUGGUGUUUCAAAAGGAGCCUUUGUCGUUCGAUCAGUUGCGGGAAUGAUCAACAACUGUGGGAUCGUGAAACCAGUCUAUGGUCUGGAUGGGGAUGUUGACGUCCACAAAACACACCAACUGUGCCAGGAGGUCUAUCGCAUCUACCGAUGCCCGUCAGAAGCCAACACCCCAAAGUCAGCACAAUCACGCACCUUUAGAAGGAAGCACAGCUGGGCCUUGAUCGGAGAUGGGGACGUCGUUGAACCGCCAAUUCGCUUUAUGGGAAUCUUCGACACGGUUGGGGAACACGGCAUCCCGGAGUUCGCGGGCGCGGUCGGCAUCGACUGGCCCAAAUUUCACGACCAGCAUGUUUCAAGCGUCGUAUCCGAAGUGUACCACGCCGUCUCAUUACACGACCGCCUCUACGCUUACCAGCCGUGUCUGAUAUCCCGCGACACAGAGUCCGGGCCGUCGUACGGCAUCACUGAGCGUUGGUUCCCGGGAACACACUACGAUGUCUGUCGACAGAGCUUCAAGAUUGUAAGAGGCGUGUUGCCGCAGCGAAUCGAGAGAAUUCUUCCAGCGUGGGCUUGGUCUAGCAAGACGAUCAAGCCGAAUGAGGUACUAAGUGACCUUGUCCUCAAGUGGAUGCUGGAGUGCAUCGACGCGCAUGAUCCCUCAGGACUCGUUAUACCGAAGAACGCCCUUUACGACGAGCUUGACAGACUCAAAAGUAGCAUCCUGGAAGGACAAAACAUCGGCGAUGGCGAUGUGUACAACCAUAUUCUGCAGUUCACACCUUUUGGGCGGUAUUUUGACCUGGCGUUGUCGACGGCUUUUGGGAAGUGGCAAGACAACCAGCUUUACAAGAUGCUGUUCGCCUGCAGACCUCGUCUUAUUCCUGAGUUCAAUGCGUCGGUGUACAACUACAGAGGCCCCGAUCCUAAUCUGGAUGGCAGAAUUAUCCAGAAGCUAGCCAAUCUCCCAUCCAGUUCAACGUCAUCCGAGAAGCAAGCUGAAACGAGAUACCCUUCAACAUCAUACGAUGGAUGGCUCUUGAGGCGAUAG